AUGACAAUGACUACAAUCCCAGAAAGUCUUAAUAGCCCUGCCUCAGGAAAAACCGUUUUCAUGGAGUUUGGACCCCCGAGUCAGCAAAUGUCGCCGUCCUCCAUGUCUCACGGACACUAUCCCAUGCAUUGUUUACAUUCUGCAGGUCAUACCCAGCACGACAGCUACAGCCCAGCCUCGUCGUUCCCCAGAUCUUUGGGCUACCCAUACGUCAACUCGGUCGGCAGCCAUUCCACCAGUCCAUAUCUGAGCACAGUACAGAGCUACCAAAACAGUUCGGCGUUAUCACAGACGCGGUUAGAGGACGCAGGUAAGCGUGCUACAACAUCUUUGGAUCUAAAAUAUCCUCUUUCUGUGUUGGCAUCCCUGUGUAAUGUUUACAGCCCUCACUGCAGCGAAAAGACGAGCCAGAUGUUGGAAUUAGGCUAGGUAAUUAUUUAUUGCGUAACGCUAUAAACAAUGUAUGCAAUUAAGGGUAAUUAUACCUAAAGUACAGCCUGUAAAACUUGCGCUGGAGUAUUCAUAGCUGUGCUGCACUGUUGGCUACAUCAGCCUCCUCAUUUUCUAACCCUCUCUCUUCGCUCCUUUUUCUCUCCCUCAGCGCCAGAAACAGAGAAAAACACAGUGGUGGAAGGAGGAGAGGUUCGGUUCAACGGAAAAGGGAAAAAGAUUAGAAAACCAAGGACUAUUUAUUCGAGUUUACAGCUUCAGGCUCUGAACAGGAGAUUCCAACAAACCCAAUAUCUGGCGUUACCGGAGAGAGCUGAGCUUGCAGCGUCGCUGGGUCUCACUCAGACACAGGCAAGUCCUACCACAGAUCAGCACCAACAGCAUCACUACAGAGGCAACAUUUUCACACAUAAAAAUGCAAUUAGACUAAAUCUUUUAUUAUAACAAUAAUCUCUGUUUUUAGACAAUUCAUAUGGCUCUCUUUUUAUCACACACUUGUACAAAUUCCAUGAGUGAUAUGUCAUUCCUGUUAAAAUAAAAAAUGACAUGUUGAGGUUCACGGUAUACUGAUUUCGUUGCUCUCGGCAUUGCCUACUGCGUGCGUAAAGUGUGCGUAAAUGUGCCAAGAUAUUUUAGAGCCAUUGUUUCAUCCAUUAUGAUAAAUCCCUUUUCAUUUUCUUAUCCAAAUAAUUGUAUUUUUCUCCUCAGGUGAAGAUUUGGUUUCAAAAUAAACGCUCCAAAUUUAAGAAAUUGAUGAAGCAAGGCGGAGGAACAAUUGACACAAACGCUUUGGCCACCGGCCGCGGACUGUCGAGCGGGUCUCCCUCGGUGGCACCUGUCUGGAGCUCACCGGCCACCGUGAAGACUUCAGUGGGAUCGACUGGAUCUUACAUCCCCAGCUACACCUCGUGGUACCCCACUACACACACACCAAGAGUCUAUGCAACAGUCACAGCUCAUGUGAACAUACACCUCAGACCUCCACUCUGCCAUGGCUCGUGGAUCUGA